CGCAACGACACUUACGUCACUGGGAAUUUCCAGCAAGGAAGUCAUAAUUUUACAAACAGCCGAUCUACUGUAAUUUCGCGUGCCAGGAGACGCAGGCUCCGUCUUUACUGACUUUCACUUGUCCCGCUGGAAGCUUGAUUUUUAUUUAAUCGGCUGCUUACCUAUAAAUAAGCUUUCGCCCGAUCGGCUUUAGCCUGCGCGGUCACGCCGACUCCGCAGCCGCGAACACCGACUGAUCCAGAGGCACCAUGGAAACGGAGUCCCAUGAUCCCGCUUUGUAUUUAGAUCUGGACCCGAUGGCCUGGGUGGCCAUGGAGCCCUUGGGAUUUCAGACGAUGCCUCACAUGGAAUCCAUGCGGACAGUCGACGGACUUUACCUCCAAAUCACAGAGCAGCCCAAGCAGCGGGGUUUCCGCUUCCGAUACGGCUGCGAGGGGCCCUCGCACGGCGGCCUGCCCGGGGCCUCCAGCGAGAAGAACAAGAAGUCCUUCCCUCAGGUGAAGAUAUGUAACUACCAGGGCCCGGCGCGCGUGGUGGUGCAGCUAGUGACCUACUCCCAGAAUCCUCACCUCCACGCCCACAGCCUGGUGGGAAAGCAGUGCGACAAGGGAAUCUGCAUCGCCGACCUGCACCCCAAAGACACCAGCAUCAGUUUUCCCAAUCUUGGCAUCCUCCAUGUGACCAAGAAGAAUGUCCAGAAGAAGCUGGAGGAGCGCAUGACGGAGGCCUACAGGAUGGGCUACAACUAUGGUGUUUCCAUCCACCCGGAGAUUGACGCCAUCCAGGGGGAGGUCCGUGUGCCCAGGGAGCUUACAGAGCACCAGCGGACCCUCAUCUCCAGCGUGGCCGCCAGCCAGGCCCAGAAGAUGGACCUGAGUGUGGUGCGCUUGAUGUUCACUGCCUUCCUGCCCGACAGUGAUGGAGGGUUCUCGCGCCGGCUGGAUCCCGUGAUCUCUGACCCGAUCUACGACAGCAAAGCCCCUAAUGCUUCCAACCUGAAGAUCGUGAGGAUGGACCGCACAGCGGGCUGUGUGACGGGAGGGGAGGAGGUCUACCUGCUGUGUGACAAGGUGCAGAAAGAUGACAUCCAGGUGCGGUUCUACGAAGACGACGACUCGGGGCUGAUGUGGGAGGACUUUGGGGACUUCUCCCCCACUGACGUCCACCGGCAGUUCGCUAUAGUCUUCAAGACCCCCAAGUACCGAGACCUGAACCUGCAGAAGCCCAUCUCUGUGUUCGUGCAGCUCAAAAGGAAAUCGGACAAUGAGACCAGCGAGCCGAAGCCCUUCACCUACCACCCGCAGGUCAUAGAUAAAGAAGAGGUGCAGAGGAAGAGACAGAAGACCCUCCCCAACUUCCAAGACUAUGGAAACCCAGGAAACGGAGGGGGCGGUGGGCUGUACAGAGGAGGUGGGGCUGGCCCCGCCGCUGGUGGAGGUCCGGCUGGAGGAACAGGUCAUGUCUUCUAUCAGGGUUACUCGAGCUACAACAGCUACGGCAAUGGCUAUGCCUUCUCCCACGGUUCAGGCGGGACUGGGGGCACUGGGGGCGCUGUCGGGAAUGGCUUAAAGCACGCCUGUCACGGUCCUGAAGGCAGCACCGGAGACGACAGCAAUGGUAAUCCCAAAGAUAAUCCGGGGACGGGAUCAGGAGAGGGAAGCCACAGCCGGUGGACAGGGGCUGAGAUCAGGCAUGGCGAGAUGCAGAGGCGGGCCACGUUGGAGCCCAGGCCGGGGCCUGAAGCCAGCACAGUCGCUGCACCCCUCGAGGAGAACCACAGUGCCGAUGCAAGCCACUGCCCCCCCCACUGCAGAGACAAGCCACAUUGCACAGCAGAGAUCGGUGAUGAGGAAGUCAACCCCCUGUGGGCCACCCCAGCUGAGACGCGAUGCGACCCCCCCAUCGAGGUUUCCCACUCCCCCAUGACACACCCAGAAGGCUCCACAAGGCUGUUGGGGACGGAGUCCCGGCAACGUGAGCUGAGCUGGGAGAAGCUGGUUGGCCAUGAAGGGCAGAUUGUCCCGCCCUCGCCAGCAAGGGCACAAUGCGGUCGCUAUAAGGUGUCCCAUGAUACUCAGGAGGAACUUCUGGAGGCUCUUGGGACGGCUGUUAUUAGUCUGGCACUCUACACCCUGCAGAAGGUCAUUUUCCAGGCCUUCUGGACCACCUGGAAUUUGUCAGCACCCUCUGAUUUUAACCAGAUCACAGCUUUCCGUCCUUAUCAGGACGUCACCCUAAAGGGGCGUGGCUCCUGCCUCGAAGGGGAACACUGAUCCUUAACCGUGGCCCUGCGCUAGCCUGGGGGGGGGGGGGGGGCAGUACCUGGACCUCUCUCACUAUGGACCAUCUGCAGCUUAUGGCGGAGAAGGCAGAGUUCGUCUGCUAGAGACAACCUGAAGAUAUGGCAGACACACGCAGACAUUUUUCUGAAGGACACUUAAUAACUUACAUUUAAAGAUGUGAAAGCAUGCUCUGUAUGAAUUACUGAGCUCACCUACUGAAAGUACAAGCAUAGUGUCAACUGUCUUACUUGAAUAGAGGGAAAUCCUAUUGACAAUUUCUACAAAAAUGUAUCAUUGUACACAUGCUGAAAUACAUCAACAUGGUUUCAAAGAUACAUUUUACUAUCACAAGGAGUCCUGUUUGGACUUUGUACAUUUAUAAAGCUAUAGUACCAAGUUGAUGGGCUACAGAAAUGGAGAAAAUGUUCUAGUUCUUCUGCUCCAGCAGGGGGAGCCAGAGCGCAGCGAACGUCAGAAUGGACUCUGACUUAGUUGACGUUGCCAUGCACAUUGGGCUUGAUAAAAGUCCUGGUUCAAGAAAGACGGUGAGUCAGAUUUUCUUUUCAUGGACUCUGGGUGCGAAUUCCCUGAACACCAGCACUUCCUACAUAGCUGGACAGAACCUGACAGAACCUGAAAGAACCUGAGAGACUGACGUCCCAGAUGCCUCUUCCCACCGCCGACCAGCCACAGCGGCGUCACUCUCCGUUUUUGUAAAAAACCAGAAGCCGUGACAAACUUUAUUUCAGCCAAGAUAUUUCCUGCUGCAUGUUUUACGUCAAAUGGUUACACCUCAAAGACAAACCUUUUGCCUGUAAGGCAGUUUUAUUUUCACUUGUUACUAAAUUGCCUUUGUUUUGUACCUGUUUGUCUUCUCUGCCUCUUGUUUUGCCAUUUUUGCCUGGUUUUUCAACAUAUACUUUUCACAUUAUAUCGGAUAAGAUAUUAUUGUAGACAGAGGGGAUGUGGUUCCUCUUCGCCUGUAACUUUGCCUGCUGAAAUCUGAAAGGCCCAUAGAUGCUGGAUGAAUAAUGGUUUGUAAAGACAAGUUCUAGUUCAGACCUGGAGGAAUGUAGUCUGUACAACACAAUGAAAUACUCCAUGUGAUCUAUGAAACUGAUAAACAAACCCAAUAGUUAGGCUACAAUAGCCUGGUGGGUUUUGUUUGUUUUUAUAGGCCUUUGGAAGGUGGAGUUUUGUUUUUGCCAGUAAUAUUAAUGCCAGUAUGGCGUAAAGUGUUAUAUUAGGUAUUCAUGUAUUUUUCAUGUAUUCAUGGAAAAAAAGCUUCAGAUGUCUUGCAUGUAUUAAACCAUCUCACCACUGCCACCUGGUCUGAACUGGGAGAUGGAGGAUAUAAUUGAACAUUUGAGUAUGUUUUCAUGUUUUUUUUCAUUAUAAAAAGUGGAAAAAAUAAAAUGCUUUUCUAACUCA